GGACACUUCCCCGGAAGGGACCUUUGCCAAACCGCCCGGCAACUUUCACAGCAGCAGUAAGACGUGUUGUGGGGUAGUUCUACGGAGAAGGAUGAUGAGUGGGCUUUGGGGGAACGGUAGGAAUGAUGUACGCAAAAUUCGGAGAUGAGCGUUCACAGAUUCCUAGGUACCUUAGGUACCUCGGAAGCCCUACUAGCCCUUGGAUUGGUUUGGGUGAUGCAACCACCAGAGAACCAACGAAUACCACCCUUUUGGCAGAAAGUACUCGAGUUGGCCAAGACACCCAAAACACCCCAACACCACCAACAUGGUGGAAAGACAGUACCUGAAACUAUCGCUGAUGAAGAUGUAGAAGAAGAAGAAGAAGAAGAAGAGAACCACGAAAACGAUCGUGAAGAAACGCCCCCUAGCGCAUACGAACACGAAUCCGAACCCGAGCGAAUUGUCAUCGAGGAAAGUGAUGACAGCAAUACCGAAGAUCUCCAAACCGAGAUAGACGCGAUGAAGGAGUCCAUAAACAACACUCUCGAAGAAAUACUCGCCAACCAAAAACUCAUCAUCAAGCGCCAACAACAGCAAGGAGACAAACUCGCGAAGAUCGAAGAAGCUCUACAAACCCACUACAAAAUAAAAUCCGAGGUUAUAUCACAAUAAACAAGGACGAAGAGGAGGACGACAAAACCAUAGAAUACGUUCCACCGAAGACUUGGGCAGGUCAAACAGCAUCACCAACACCGACACCAAAAAGAAAAGUAAAAAUACAUAUUCGAACCCCUAAAAGAGCGUAGAUCUCUGACGAUGACAUGGCUUAGGUCUUAGACAAUGACAUGAGUAAAGUGAUGUGGACA